AUGCCUCGCUCGAGCUCGGUGCAGUCGCUGACAAACGACAACUACCUGAUCGAAGUGAACGAUGUGCUGGAAGUGCUCGACUCGUUUUGGUCCGAGGAGCCCGCGAGCUCCGAGCGCGGCACCUGGGACCGACCCCUGUGGCGGCGCGUGUGCGCCGAGGAACUCUCUCGCGGUGGCCGCCUUGUGCGGCCGUGGACGGCGUUUGGUGAGAGACGGCAUAGCGAUCCUGUGAUGAGUCAAGAGCUAAGCCCAGUUCUCGACGAUCGGUAG